UUUCCCAGAAGAAGCGUUGAAUCCCUUCGUUUUAUUCCACGGAUCGAUUCCAUUUCGGGAUCCUAUUUCGUUUUCUCCUCUUUGGAUCCAGUUCUUCAUUUACCCAAUUUCUCAAAUCGUUGAUGCUUCAAGGAGGCUUACACACCCAAGUGAUCUUGUAGAACAAUAUACUAUAGGGUCAGAUCCAGCUUUCAGAAGAGGUAACUUGUAUUGGUGCCUUACUUUGGAUCCAGAAGGCUCUUAUGUGCGGAAUCAUUUGCUUGUGAUAGAUUUUUUAGGGUGGUUGAGAGUUGAAAGAUUGGAAAUUUAGUCAACUUUGCUCCACAGAACCUUCUAGGAAGCUACCUCUGUAGACAGACGGGCUAAAAGCGAGUGGUAAAAAUAUGCCUCUGUAGAAGGGAGUACUCUCAAGCGUAAAAGGAGAUGGCUUUUUAUUCCGAGGACGACAAGAGUGAAGACUACCUCUUCAAGAUUGUUCUAAUAGGUGAUUCUGCAGUCGGGAAAUCAAAUUUGCUCGCAAGGUUUGCUAGGGAUGAGUUUUAUCCGAAUUCAAAGUCGACGAUUGGAGUGGAGUUUCAGACGCAGAAGAUGGAUAUUAAUGGAAAGGAGAUCAAAGCACAGAUAUGGGACACGGCUGGUCAAGAACGUUUCAGAGCAGUCACUUCUGCGUAUUACAGAGGUGCAGUUGGAGCUCUUCUGGUUUACGACAUCAGCAGACGACAGACUUUUCACAGCAUUGGUAGAUGGCUCAACGAGCUGCACACACACUCUGAUAUGAACGUUGUGACAAUCCUGGUGGGAAACAAGUCGGAUCUUAAGGACAUUAGAGAAGUGCCAACAGCGGAAGGUAAAGCAUUGGCGGAAGCGCAAGGUCUUUUCUUUAUGGAGACAUCGGCUCUGGACUCAUCAAAUGUCGCAGCUGCAUUUGAGACGGUUGUGAAAGAGAUAUACAACAUACUGAGCAGGAAAGUGAUGAGCUCACAGGAGCUAAACAAGCAAGAUCCUGCUUCACUCAGCAACGGCAAGAAAGUUGUGAUUCCAUCAGAGGCGCAGGGUGAAUCCAAGAAAGGUGGAUGUUGUUCGUCUUGAUGGAAAACCGAGAUUGUAGAGAGCUUAAAAAAGGAAAAGAUUAAUUUUCAUCUGUUUGAUUGUUUUUUUUUUUUUCCACGCUGCCGUGAAUGUUGAAAUUUGGAAAGCGCUGUGUUGUGGUGUGGGAAGUGUUUAGGUGUAGCAAUCUGUAAAUUUUCUAUUGCAGAAGCUUUAUGAAAAAACUCACUCCUCUCUAUAAAGUU